AUGGAUAUGAACAAAGAUGACAUAGUGGAUAUGGAUUUUGAGAUGGAGAUCACAGAUAAUAAUAAGAAGAAAAUCAAAAUGGUUUGUGAAUAUCAUUACAUACCUAAAGAUGAUGUUAUAGGUGAAGAUUCUCACUUCAUUUGCGAAGAACAAGAAAUAAUUGGAGUAGCAGAUGGUGUUGGUGGUUGGGCUAGUCGAGGCAUCGAUGCUGGUGAGUAUGCUCGACAACUCAUGAAUAACUCUGUCAAAGCCAUUGUUGACAACAACAUCACCGAUCCCAAAAGUAUUUUAAAAGAAGCUUUUGUGGCUAACGCUAAGGCUGAGAUUCAAGGCUCCUCAACUGCAUGCAUACUUAGUCAUAACGAUGGAGUUAUGCAAAGUGUUAAUGUUGGAGAUAGCGGUUUCAUCAUCUUUAGAAAUAAUGAGCUCAUUUAUAGGUCAAAAACUCAACAACGAGGAUUCAACACGCCUUAUCAGCUUGGAAACUCUCAGGGUUGUGACACUCCAGACUGUGCUGAAACAGUGAAGAUAAUCGAGAUGGUUCCAGGAGAUGUUAUUGUUUUGGCAACUGAUGGAAUAUUCGACAACAUGUUUGUUUCGGAAAUAGAAGAAGUCUUGAAGACACAAUCAAGUCUGAGUAGUGCUUUUUGGUUGGCGGAGUUCUCUCGCCAUUAUUCUUUGAAGAAAGAUCGAAAGAGUCCUUUUUCUGAAGCAGCCACCAAGGCCGGCAAACCCUUCACUGGAGGAAAGUUCGACGAUAUAACUGUUAUUGUUGCAAGAAUUAUUAGUGAAUGA